UCGUCUCCACCGCUAGCUUAUCCAUUCGUCUCCACCGAGAUGCAUCUGCAUUGAGCUCCCUUACUUCUCUCGUUCCAUCCCUCUUUCUCAUCCCUGUGCUUCCACCGAUAUUCAGCUCUGGAUGUGAAGCCUCCAAAGUCACUGGCGCCCCCCGUCCCCCGGAGCAAGCGCCGCCACCGGAUCCCGUCCCGUCCCCUCCCCUCCUCUGUGUGUGUGUCUCUCUCUCUCAUUUCCUCAUAUCAUUCUAUGCUUGCAGGUCGUCGGCGUACGCCCCGGCCAUGGCGCGGUCGCGGCAAAACUUGAGCUGGAUCCGCUCCUCGUAUAGCUUGCAUGCCAGCGUCCACUUGUACUCCUUCCCCUUGGAGGGCGACCCCUCGCCGGCGCCGUCGGCCAGGUUCUCUGACGAGGUCCACGUGUGCACGCGCCGCGCGAUGGACGUCGACAUCAGGGGACUCUCCCUCCCGUCCGCGUCCUCAACCUCCGGCUUUUCCUGCGGCUCUGACGCAGGCUGCUGCACAUCCUCUUGGUGGUCUUGUCCGUCAGCUUGCAGGUCUUCGCUGCAUUCUUCGGCCACCUUCGACUCCACCCAUGCUUUCGGUCAGAUUCAUUUCGAGGAAGGUGGUCUUCACUCUGUUUUUGGUCGCAAGAUUCAUUCUCAAUUGCAUGCCUUCUUUGACACCCUUUCUGCAAAUAGAUUAUUUCCACAGGAUUGCCCUCGAUUUCAUCGAGAACUCCCUUCAGAUUCCCAGAUUCUCAUUGCCUUAUUCGCUGUGAAAUCGAAGAUUUGUGUCUUGCUGACCCGCUCACGUUUCUUGGCCUCCAUUGUUAAAAAUAUGAGCAAAUUACUACGAGAUUUAAUCUGAAUAAAUAGGAAAUAG